CAGCGAAAAAUAAUAUUUAUUGGUACUCUGUGGAAUAAUACAACAACUGUCAAGAGCAGAGAGAAUGAGAGAAACCUCAAAAGUCAAAACAAUUUUUGGUGGUAUUGCGAUGUUGAUUGUUUGAAUUAUAAAUAUUAUUAAGCUAUUAUGCACAGACUAUUAUGUUUAUGUGAUUGAGAAAUAUAAAAUAUUACCGCCAUUUAAAAUUGCAAAUUAUCAGAAUGGAAAAUUUGAAUGAAUUCGUUGAAUUGAUAUUUUUCGAUACAUUUGCACACGACAAUACUGAAGAGAUCAAUUUGGAUUUAGUACAAUUUCCAAAACCUGUAUAUGUUACAGAAGUGCGAAUAAUUCCUUUAGGUGCAAGAGUUCAGGCUGAUUUUCCCGGUGGAGUACGUCUUGGAGCAACGAAUCCCAGUCAGUUCAAAAUUGAGUUUUUUGUGAACGAUCUUGGUAAACCAGGUGCCAGCACUUUUGAAAGUUUGGGAGGUUUUGAAUACAAUCAAAAUGGAUGUAUCAAUUUAGAAUGUGCUCCAGAUGAUACUAUUAGAAAGAUACCUACUGAUGGUUUAGUUCUAAGAGGAUGGUAUACAACAAUAACUUUAGCAGUUUAUGGAACGUUAACUAAGAAUAUUACUGAGCAAAUUGUUCCACCUGUGGUCAAUCCACCGGUUGUUCCUAGUCAACCAAACUUAGUUGAAAAUCAACAAAUAUUGCCAACCAGUCGUCUAGAAACAGAAUGGCCCACAGAAAAUAUAACAAUCCCUAUAGAUUAUAACCAACCAGCCCAACCUUAUCAACAGCCUUACACUCAGCCAGAGCCUUAUCAACCCGAAUACAAUGAAUACUAUGCAGAUCCCCCUAAAGAUCCUCGAAAUUAUCAUGUUGAAAAUGCUGAAUGGAAUAAAGUUUGUCAGACAUCAAAUGAAAAUGAACGUGAUAGAGAAAGAUCAAGAGAUACAACUUAUGAAAAGCCAGAAAGGGAUCAUAGAAACGAGUCUGAUAAGAGAGAAAGAGAAAGGGAUAAAAUUCAUUCUAGUGGAACAACUAGAGAUAGAGAUAGACAACCACGAGAUUAUAGAGGUUCUCCUAGAGAGAGUGAUCAUGAUAGAAAUAUAGAUAGAGAAAGAGGGAGAGAUCGACAAUACAAACACGAAGAUUCUUGCAGGCGCUCUUAUAAUAGGUCUGAAGAUAAAGGAAGGGAAGACAGGAAACGACCAAGAACCCCUCCAAUUAUGUCUCCAAAGCGUCCAAAGACACCUCAUGAAACCUUGGAGAAUCCCAGUAGAAAUGAAAAGGAAUCAAACUCCGAGAACUUUUUUGAUAAAAAGAGUUUUAAGGGUAAUGUAGAAGAAAAAGACCAAUCUUCGGUAGCUGAAGAGCCAUCAAAGAUGGAUGUAGAAGAAUUUGAGCCAAUUUUGAGUGAUGAAGAUAUUUUAGAUGAUAAUGAACAAUAUCAAGAAAUUUCAGAGGACUACAAUGAAAUGGGUGAUACAGAUGAUUUAGUUAGGUUAUUCAUACCAGGCUCUACAGAUCUUACAAACUACCAGCCUCCCAAAUUAUAUAAAAUAUCGCAGGAUUCUAUCGAAGUCAGUGAAAAUUUGAAAAUAGUAAUAGGCAUUUGUGAUGAUUAUUUUAAAUCAAGCAUUACAAAAUAUUCCACUGAGAACUUCAGUAAAUUGAGUCCUGAAAUUAAAGAAGAAUUUAUUCAUUUGUGUGAAAAACUCACAUCAACAAUUGGACCAGUUGAAAAGUUUUUAACAAUAAUUGAACUUCAUAAUGAUAUUGAGAAUAUCCAUGAUAAUAGAUGGACUCAGUUGGACAAAGAAAUAUCAGAUCAGGUGAAUUUUAUUUUUGAUUCAACUGUAGAGUGGCUUAAAAUUGCUCUUAACUAUGAUUUGGCAAAUAGUCAGGAUGAAGCAAUUUACAAAAUUCGCCACAUUAAAUGUGGUUUGAGAACAGCACAGUUCUGUUUUGAAAGUAGAAUAUUUCUUGAAAAGCUUUUCUCUAAAAAUAUCAAUGUUUAUAAAAUUCUUCUGGAUUUAUAUCAACAGGAAUUCAUGGCCCCAUCUAUUAAACUGAUGAUUUUAAAAGCUUUGGAUACUUGUUUGAUCGAUAAAUUUGGAAUGGAUACAUUCUUAGAAAUUGCGAACAAAAAUAAUGGAAAACAGAAUGGUUUUAGUAAGGAAGAAACGAAAAGCAAUUAUAGCAUUAUUUUGAAUCAAUUGAAAUUCAAUACGCCGGUACGUUUGAAAUUCUCUCUUUGUUCAAUCAUAAAAAAAAUUAAUAUUUAUGAAAUAUUCACAGUAUUUCAUUCAGUCAUCAUGAAAUUGAAAAAUUCUGAAUCAAAUGUAUCUACAAGUGAGAUAAAUUUAAUCAGUAAAUUUUUAGAUCAAAUAUUGCAAUAUUUGAGAAACGAACAAUUCACUUUGACGCAACCGAAACGCUUUCUUCCUGUUUCUUCCCAAUUCGAAAUUGUUAGAGAAUACUCCAAAAACGUUUUGGUUGAGUAUUUCAAAAUUUUUGACUUUAUCGAAUCCCUUGUUCUUCUAUUAACCCAUCCCCUUCUAUCUAAUCUACCAGUGAUUAAAAUUCCAAUUUUGGAAGUAAUUUCUGAUUUGUCUGAAACCCGUGACGGAAUAAGUUAUAUGUCUUUGCAUUCUGAUACCAUGAAUGUUCUUAUCAAAUAUCUUCUACAAACUGAAGAUGAUGAACAAUAUUCAAUGGAUAUUAAAUCCCAAAGCUUAGGUAUAAUGUUAGCAUACAAAUUGAGGACCCAUUAUCACAUAUCUAGACUAAUCAAUGUUGAAUCAAAUAAUUUUGACUUAUCGUCAAAUGAUAUUCUUGAUGACCUUCAUGGACUUUUCUGUUUAUCUUUAUCUCCGGUCGGAAAAAUUGCAAUGGCUAGUGUGCUUGGUAUGACAGAAAAUAUUGAAGCUAUCCUUCAAUUCAUAAAUGUUAAAGAAAAACCUGAAAGUCACUCUACAAAACUCAAAAAAUCCCCAGCCAUUUUAUAUAUUAUUGAUUUAAUCUACACAGUAUUAGUACAUUGUUCAAAUGUUGAUAUUUUGGAAAAGUUCAAAAAAGAAAUUCUACAUCUUUUGAACUAUGAAGGCCAACAAGAAGUUUGUCCUAAUAAAUUGACUAGUAUUAAUGCUUAUAUGUCUCCUAUUCAGAACUCCAUUACUUAUGAUAAUAUUUCACCAUUUGUUGAUAUUAUUGUUAAGGAAAUAGAUAACAUUAUAGAAAAACCAGAACAAGUCAUUACCAGCUUAAGAAUAAUAUAUAGCUUAGGAAUUUCAAAAUAUGUUACAAAAACUCCGGUAUUUGAGAAUCCAUUCAACAACUACAUCGAAUUGAAAUACAAGCAUGUUGUCUUGCAACUCUUCUCUCUUGAUGGAGUCUCUUUGAUCACAAAAAUUUUACAAAAGAUCUGUGAGUACUAUGAACAGCCUAGCGUUCAUUUUUCAAGUUUCAUGUCUCAACAAGGACUUUCAAUAGUGGAAAUCAUCUAUCCUUGUGUAGUACUCUUGAAACAAAUGUUAACCUAUGCUAUACAGUGCCGGAAUACCAAUUAUAAAGAUUUAACUGUUGUUCCUAUUCUACUACAAACAUACAAUCUAAUGAAUUCCUACCCUAUGGAUUCACCACAUUUUGUGAAAUGUACCAAGGUGAAAGAAAACAUUGUUGAGGUUCUAUUGGUCUAUACCCAACCAAUUUCAGAUGAAAUCCAUGAAAAGGACACAUUGAAUAAAACAUUAUGGAGUCUGAUGUGCAAAGAGGUUAUCCAGUACAUAACUCAAGCACCUCACACAUUUGUAUCUGGACUCUUAGUCUUCUCUGAACUUCUCCCGCUUCCACUUCCGAUUCAGACUAAUGAGGAACUUCAUGAAAAUGACACUGCAUGGAUGAUAAACUUACGAAAAUUGUGGGCAGCUCAUUUACAUCCUCUAAGUUCUUUGAUACAAGAAUUUAUCAACAAACUCUGUACUACCUCAAAUCAAUCUUUACUGAAUCUUUUGAGGAGAAUAUGUGUUCAGAUAUCAGAUCUUGCAGCAAACUCCUCUGUGAUGAUCGCGAAAGGUAUUCUGGAUGCUGUGAAUGAAGAAAUUACACCUAAAGACAAUGGAAAAGUCACCUGUACUUUGCACUUGGCCCGACUGUUGAAUUUUCUAGCUUGUCUAGUAACACAUAGUACACUGAAGUGUGCAGUGCUAUCCUUGCUUCAAAAUAGUUCUGGUGCACAGGAUCAUAAAUACUCCUCGCUGAUUUCUCACUUUGUACAAAUUUUAAAAACAAAUAACCAAAUCAGUCACCAUAUUCAGUGUCAAGAAUGUAUUUUGAGUAUAAUUCAGAGUUUCUGUGAUGCUGAAAUAAGCUUGAUGCAAAAUUCAACAACAACAAACGAACAAACAUCCAAUAUAUAUCUCUCCAAUGCACUGCCAACUAAAGAACAGCUUGUGAGUUUUGUAGAAGUUAUUGCUGACCAUAUAUCCAAUAAUAACUCCUUUGUCACAUAUUUACCAGCAAUAAGGGCGAUAUUUCUUCUAACCGAGCAUGAUUAUGGCUUUUAUUAUCUCAGAGAAAUACUUCUAAAAAAACCAGGAUUGUUUUCUAUAAUAUUAGAUAAGCUCAGCAAAAGUUUUGCAAAGGAUAAUGCUGAAUGUAUAUCUGUGUUGAACACCUUGACAGAAUUUUUCUGCAUCAGUAUUGUUAUUGAAGAAGUUGUAGGACCUCUGAAUUAUUCUCCAAGAAAAAUGAAAUUCAGUUUGAGAGAACUAAAAAUGUUGAUUGAUUGGAAAGAUGAUAAAUCUGAAGAUAAACAUCCCCUGGAAAUUCUGAAGGCAUCAGUGCAAGGUGUUCUUUUAGAGGACAGUACAUUCGAAGGACUUCAAGAUAAAUUAUCAGGACUCUUGAAUUCAUUGAAUAACGAAAUAGAAAAUGAUGCAAUAGAAAGUUUUUCUGAGCCCAUCCUGCCUUUGCCUGAACCAUUAUUAGCUCAGUUUUCACAUAGGGUUGUAUAUAAUUGUACAGACACUUUCAAUGAAAGAUUAACAGCAGAAUAUUGGCUUUCUGUACCAAAUGAAGAAACAGAUUCUGAAAUAGAAAAUAUUACCACUGACUUAGCAGAAUUAUGUAAGCAGACUUUUUCAGAAGACUACAAUUUGGUUAGAGAAAUUGAAAUAUUGUGUAGGAUAAGCUCUGCCAAUAUAAUUGAAAAAGAGAAGAAAAAUGAAGAUCAAAAAAUGAAAAAACCUCUAACAGGACCUAUGCGGACAAGAGGUUUCCCUAGAAUGGCGCAACAAAGACCUGAUCUUUUCAGAUCAAGAGCUCCAAAUACAUCCAGACCUCCUUCUCUGCAUGUUGAUGAUUUUGUAGCUUUAGAAACAUGUGGAGCACAGCCUACUGGGCCUACAGGAUACAACAAAGUUAGCAGAGAUUUGAUGGCAUCCAGAAAUUCUAGGGGUUCCAGAGGCAGGGCGUUUGUUACUUCUGAAAGGGCUGCGCAAUAUAGACAGAUGUCUUGGUGGGGAUCUGGAUUCGGUCGAUUUCCCUAUUGAAUUAGCUUUAAGUUUGUAAAUAAAUGUAAUUUUAAUUAGUAGUUAUUAUUUUCCAAUAUGGCUGGCCAUACAGUUGUGUAAAUAUAGUAAAUUAGAAACCUUAAUUUACUU